CAUUCAAGACCAGAAGCAAAGAAACAACUCUUCUACAACUUCAGAAUCUUUCCUUUCUCUAUCAUUUAUCUUCCAAAGUCAAACAUGACUAGUAACUCUCACAAGCUCCAUGUUAUGUUCUUCCCUAUGAUGGCUCAUGGUCACAUGAUACCAACUCUAGACAUGGCUAAGCUUUUCUCUAGCAGAGGAGCCAAGUCCACCAUCCUAACCACACCUCUCAACGCCAAGUUCCUCCAGAAACCCAUCGACAAAUUCAAGAACCUGAACCCGGGUCUCCAAAUCGAGAUCCAGAUCGUGGAUUUUCCUUGCGUCCAGCUCGGGUUGCCAGAAGGAUGCGAAAACGCUGACUCCUUCACCGCAAACAACAACAGUGAUGAAAGACGAGCCAUGAUCUCCAAAUUCUUUUUGGCCACCAGGUUUUUCAAAGACCAGCUUGAGAAGCUCCUCGAGACAAUGAGACCUGACUGUCUUAUCGCCGACGUGUUCUUCCCCUGGGCUACUGAAGCUGCUGAGAAGUUCCAUGUGCCACGACUUGUGUUCCACGGCACUGGUUACUUCUCUUUAUGCGCUAGUUAUUGCAUCAGACUGCAUAACCCACAAAAGAGAGUAGCUACGAGUAGUGAGCCCUUUGUGAUCCCUGAUCUCCCUGGGAACAUUGCGAUAACUCAAGGACAGAUCUUAGACCGUGGUGAAGAUACCGAGAUGGGGAAGUUUAUGAAUGAGGCUCUAGAAUCAGAAGUGAAGAGCUCAGGUGUUGUUGUGAACAGCUUCUACGAGCUCGAACCUGACUACGCCGAUUUUUACAAGAGCACUGUAGCAAAGAGAGCGUGGCAGAUAGGUCCACUCUCGGUUCACAACAGAGGGUUUGAGGAGAAGGCUGAGAGAGGAAAGAAAGCAAGCAUUGAUGAAGCUGAAUGCCUCAAAUGGCUAGACUCCAGGAAACCAGAUUCAGUCGUUUACGUUUCAUUUGGGAGCGUGGCUAGCAUCAAGAACGAGCAGUUGACUGAGAUUGCUGCAGGGUUAGAAGCUUCUGGCACAAGUUUCAUCUGGGUUGUGAGGAAAAACACAGGUGACAAAGAAGAGUGGUUACCAGAAGGGUUUGAAGAGAGGGUCAAAGAUAGGGGAAUGAUAAUUCGAGGAUGGGCUCCACAGGUUCUGAUACUUGACCACCAAGCUACCGGUGUGUUCGUGACCCACUGCGGCUGGAACUCGCUUCUAGAAGGAGUGGCUGCUGGGCUUCCCAUGGUGACGUGGCCGAUUGGAGCUGAGCAGUUCUACAACGAGAUAUUGGUAACGAAAGUUCUCAGAACUGGAGUGAGCGUGGGAACGAACAAGCAUGCGAUUAUGGGAGAUUUUAUUAGCAGAGAGAACGUGGAUAAAGCGGUGAGGGAGGUGCUGGAUGGGGAAGAAGCUGAGGAGAUGCGUAGCCGUGCAAAGAAGCUUGCAGAGAUGGCUAAAGCCGCCGUGGAAGAAGGAGGGUCUUCUUAUAACGACCUUAGCAGCUUCAUAGAAGAGUUUAGCUCAUGAAUCAUGAUCCAAUAUCUAAGAAAAUCAUCAAUGUUGAGUCAGUAUGUGCGAAAAUCAUAUGAAGUUGUGUCUAGAAACUUUCUGUAAGUUUUUUUAAGGUUCGGUUCAUCAAAUGCUGGCACAUGUUCUAUAGAGCUUCAAUUCCUUUUGGUC